CGAGCCCCUCGACCAAUGGGAAGCCAGGAAGAACAAGCUUUUGGGGGUCACGGAUGAAACAAAAGCAAGGUGCACGCAGAACUCUUUAACACCACUAGAGAGCGACAUUGAACCGUGACGUCAGUGGGAAAUCCCAACUCAAAAUGGAUGUCGCAACUCGCAACCACACAGGAAUUUACGCCACUUCCUACACAAGCGGUUCUUUUGCGGCACGCCGAACUGUUGAUCUCGUCCGGAAGGUUACAUGAUAGCAGAUACAUGCUACCAACUCGUUUCCAAGAUGUCCUGUGUCUUCUUGGGCGUUUGCUAGUUGCCAUGGUGAUGGCGGACACCCUCACGUCCACUGAUCCAGUUGGGGUGCCGUGUCACGACCUGGGCGAGACCAGCGUUGUGCACGUCCUGAAAGGAGAGGCGGCGUGGGUGUCAUGUCCCCUCUUCGGCAACGACUCAUCGUCACGUGACCUGGAGUGGUCCCGCCUCCUCCAAGGGGAAGAGCGGCCAAUCGUGAACAGUGAGCGCCUGAGGAAAGAGCAUGACUGGUUGUUUUUUCAGCCGGCGGAGGAAGAGGAUACAGGUCACUACAUCUGCAUGAUACGCUCCCACGGACAUCACUCACCCUGCUCCAAGAUGGCCGUGCACGUGCUUGUGGUCCAGAACGCACCGACACCACGACCAGUUUUGAAAUGCGACUUGCCCGUGACGCCGGAGCCGGUUCAGGUGCCUGUUCCUCUGCAGGUUGACGCCGUUUUGGACUGCCCGGACUGGUGGGACGCCGACCAGAUUUCUGACGACACUCCCAAAGUCACCUGGUACCACUGGCAGGAGUGCCAGCCGCCCGACAGAUGGACGAGCGAUCGCGAGCAGGACGGCGCCCGCCUGCUGAUUCACCUGAUGACCGAAAACUACCAAGGUCUUUACUUGUGUCAGGUGUGCUUCCGGAAUCGAGGACGUGAGCUUUACUUCACUCGCGCUGUCAAUAUCAGCGCUGUCUCGCCACCUUCCGCGCCCAAAGAUCCCGUGAUUCUCCUACCGGCGGCGGACCACGUUGUCACUGUCUCGCCAGGCUCCAACGUGAGUCUGACAUGCAGGGGGAGGUUCCCUUACUUGGACUCGGACUGGUACAUCUGGUGGAGUGUGGACGGGAAGACGCUGGAGCAAGUGGACCAGCCCCGAUUCUCCGUGAAAAACAGUCGGGUGAGCUCCAAGCUCGGCGAUCGCGUCGAGGAGAGCGUCCUGCUGAUCCGGGACUUUGCCGCCGAGGACCUGCCCAAGGCCUUCAAUUGCUCGGUGAGGAACGGGCGAGGCUUCCAAACGCGGAGAGCUCGCCUUGAGGAAGAAGUGCGAGCGCCGACGGUGGAGUUAGCUUGCGGUCUGGGCGUCGCCCUGGUCUUGUCGCUGGUCCUGCUGGGGAUCUCCCGCCUCUUCUGGCUGGAAUUGCUUCUGCUCUACAGAUCCCGCUUCGCUAGCGACGAGCGCUACACAGAUGACAAGGAGUUCGACGUGUACAUUUCGUACGCCAGGAACAGCGAGGAGGAGAAGUUUGUCCUUCAGACCUUCCGCACGGUCUUGGAGAAGCAGCUGGGCUACACCGUCUGCAUUUUCGACCGAGACAGCCUGCCGGGCGGGACCAUCACGGACGAGACUCUGCGUUUCGUGGCUCGCAGUCGCCGCCUGGUGGUGGUGCUGGGUCCCGGUUACGCUCGCCAGGGCUCCCAGGCGCUGCUGGAACUCAAGGCGGGCGUGGACGGUUUGGCGGGCGGGCACAUGCGCCUCAUUCUGGUCCAGUACGAGCACGUGCGACGGCGAGAGUGGGUGCGCGAGCUGAGGAGGGCCCGCGUGGCGCUGGACGUGCUGCGCUGGCGGGGAGAGCGCUCGCGGGAGCUCACGUCGCGCUUCUGGAAGGAGAUGAGGGUGGCGCUGCCCGUCAGGAAGUCGCCGGACAACCGGGAGGCGGAGCUAAAGGGGACGAACAAUCGGGAACGGUCUCCUUUGGACGUUUGAGUCUAGUUCCAUCGACUGACUUCCGGAGGGAGAGCGAGCAGUACAACCUGGAUUGGUCGCCAGGGACACGUCAGGAAAAUGGACAGACAAUGGACUGGUCGUGACAUUUUUUUUACACCUUUAUCUUUGAAAUUUAUAGUUUUUUAAAUGUUAUUCUUUAAAAAAAAAAAAAGGGUCUGACAAAUAAAAUGUGUGUCAUUUCAAGAUUCAAUUUUUAAAUACGCAUUUCAUGGUCACUUACUGUUGAUGAGAGGUCACGUCAUGUUUAUAUUAGGUCACUUCCUGUUUUGAGGCACUUUAUAGUCAGUUCCUGUUGAUGCUAGGUCACUUCCUGUAGAUUUGGGGGCAUUUCAGAGCCACUUCAUGUUUAUAUCAGGUGACUUCCUGUUGAUUUGGGGCACUUCAGGAUCACUUCCUGUUGAUGCUACUAAACUUCAGGUUGAUAUGGGGCAUUUCAGGGCCACUUCCUGUUUAUGUCAGGUCACUUCCUGUGUAUUUGGGGCACUUUAGGGUCACUUCCUGUUGAUGCUAGGUCACUUAAGGUUGAUAUUUGGUCUCUUCCUGUUCAUAUGGUGCAUUUCAGGGCCACUUCCUGUUUAUAUCAGGUCACUUCCUGUUGAUGCUAUUUCUCUUCAUGUUGAUAUGGGGCAUUUCAGGGUCACUUCCUGUUGAUUUGGGGGCAUUUCAGAGCCACUUCAUGUUUAUAUCAGGUGACUUCCUGUUGAUUUGGGGGCAUUUUGGGACCACUUCCUGUUUAUAUCGGGUCACUUCCUGUUGAUUUGGGGCACUUCAGGAUCACUUCCUGUUGAUGCUAGUAAACUUCAGAUUGAUAUGGGGCAUUUCAGGGCCACUUCCUGUUUAUGUCAGGUCACUUCCUGUUGAUUUGGGGCACUUUAGGGUCACUUCCUGCUGAUGCUAGGUCACUUCAGGUUGAUAUUUGGUCUCUUCCUGUUCAUAUGGUGCAUUUCAGGGCCACUUCCUGUUUAUAUCAGGUCACUUCCUGUUGUUUGGGGGCACUUUAGGGUCAGUUCCUGUUGAUGCUAUUUCUCUUCAUGUUGAUAUGGGGCAUUUCAGGGUCACUUCCUGUUGAUGUCACUUCCUGUUGAUUUGGGGGCAUUUUGGGGCCACUUCCUGUUUAUAUCGUCACUUCCUGUUGAUUUGGGGGCAUUUUGGGAGCACUUCCUGUUUAUAUUGGUCACUUCCUGUUGAUUUGGGGCACUUCAUGAUCACUUCCUGUUGAUGCUAGGUCACUUCAAGUUGAUAUGGGGCAUUUCAGGGCAACUUCCUGUUCAUAUCAGGUCACUUCCUGUGUAUUUGGGGCACUUUAGGGUCACUUCCUGUUGAUGCUAGGUCACUUCCUGUUCAUGUGGUGCGUUUCAGGGCCACUUCCUGUUUAUAUCAGGUCACUUCCUGUUGUUUUGGGGCACAUUAGGGUCUGUUCCUGUUGAUGGUAUUUCUCUUCAUGUUGAUAUGGGGAAUUUCAGGGUCACUUCCGGUUGAUAUCAGGUCACUUCCUGUUUAUUUGGGGCACUUCAGGAUCACUUCCUGUUGAUGCUAGGUCACUUCAUGUUGAUAUGGGGCAUUUCAGGGCCACUUCCGGUUUAUAUCCAGUCACUUCCUGUUGAUUUGGGGCAAUUUAGGGUAACGUCCUGUUGAUGGCUGGUCACUUCUUGUUGGUAUUUGGUCACUUCCUGUUCAUAUGAUGCAUUUCAGGGCGACUACCUGUUGACAUCGGGUCACUUCCUGUUGAUAUCAGGUCACUUCCUGUUGUUUUGGGGCAUUUUAGGGUCAGUUCCUGUUGAUGCUAGUUCUCUUUAUACUGAUAUGGGGCAUUUCAGGGUCACUUCCUGUUGAUAUUGUGUCACUUCCUAUUGAUUUGGGGGCAUUUUGGGGCAACUUCCUGUUUAUUUCGGGUCACUUCCUGUUGAUUUGGGGCACUUCAGGAUCACUUCCUGUUGAUGCUAGGUCACUUCAGGUUGUUUUGGGGCACUUCAAGGUCACUUUCUGUUGAUGCUAGGUCACCUCAGGUUGAUAUGGGGCAUAUCAGGGUCACUUCCUGUUUAUAUUGGGUCAGUUCCUGUUGAUUUGGGGCAUUUCAGAGCCACUUCCUGUUGAUUUAGGGGCAUUUUGGGGUCACUUCCUUGUUGAUUUGGGGGGCAUUUCUUCGUCAUGUGCAGGUCCCUUACUAUUGAUUUGGGCAAUUUCCAGGUCACUUCCUGUUGACAUGUGGCAUUACAGGGCCACUUGACAUCGGGUCACUUCCCGUUGAUGUUUGGUGGUGGUGUGGGGGUCACUUCCUGUUAAUCUGGGGCAUUUCUGGCUCACUUUUGGUUGAUAAACAGGUCACUUACUGUUGAUGCUAAGCCACUUCAUGCUGAUAUGGGGCAUUUCAGGGCCAUUUCCUGUUUAAAUCAGAUCAAUUCCUGCUUAUAACGGGUCACUUCCUGUUGUUUUGGGGUACUUCGGGAUCGCUACCUGUUGACAUCAGGUCACUUCCUAUUGAUUUGGGGCAGAUUAGGGUCAAUUCCUGUUGAUGCUAGGUCACUUCAUGUUGAUUUUGGAGCAUUUCAGGGCCACUUCCGGUUGAUGCUAGGUCACUUCAUGUUGAUAUGGGGCAUUUCAGGGCCACUUCCUGUUCAUAUCAGGUCACUUCCUGUUGUUUUGGCGCACUUCAGGGACACCUACUGUUCAUGCUAGGUCACUUCAAGUUGAUAUGGGGCAUUUCAGGGCCCCUUCCUUUUUAUAUCAGGUCACUUCCUGCUGAUUUGGGGGUGUUUUGUGGGUCACUUCCUGUUAAUCUGGGGCAUUUCUGGGUCACUUCCGGUUGAUAAACAGGUCACUUCCUGUUGUCCAAUUUGUAAAAUGAACCAACUGGCCAGCUGGCAGGCAAAACAUACAAGACGUCCACGAGCAAAAGAAUGACUUCUUAAAAAACAACAACAGAAAAACAUUUAUUUUACGUUAGGACAUUCUCGAAUGUCGACAGCUGCACUUUGUUGAUAUUCCAAGAAACUCAUACAAACGACACGAAAGGAUGGCACGUGGAAGACUUUUCAAAAUAAAAGCAACAGCUCACAAUCCAAAAAAGGGGAAAUCUCAUUUCCCGGGCCAGAAGGGACAACGACAACAAACAAACAAAAAAAAAACAAUCACGAGAAAAGUCCCCAAAAGGGAAGAUAUGUGUUUUUUUGUUUUUCUUAACACUGUACAGUACAUCUUAAAAACAUGAAAUAUACACGUUCCACCCGGACGUCGACUGGCGUACGUCGCGCUCGGUUAUAUGGCACGGACUUUCUUCCUUCUUUCCUUCCUCCUUACUCGUCGUCCUCCUCUUCGUCUUCAUCCUCCUCGCCUUCUUCCUCCUCUUCGUCGUCCUCUUCGUCUUCGUCAGCAGCCGCCGCCGCCGCCGCCGAGCCGGAAUCCACUUUGCCCUUGGUGCGGUAGGCCACGAUGUCCUGCCGCGGAUCAGCCCAUGUUAAAAGUCUGCACACCCCGGAUUCAUCGACGAUCAAAGGAAUCAAUGAGUAUUUUGAGAGUCGAUGAAUGGUUUGGUCUAAAAAUGCUCCAAAUACUUUUGGAGCGUAUAUUCGAUUUUU